GCCCCGCCCAGAGGCCGUACGUCCGUGCGUCGUCUCUAUGGUGGCGGCGGAUUCGGAGGUUCCUGAGGAUUGCGGCGUCCGGCAAGACGGACUUGAGGGUGGUGGUGAAUUGCAGGCGUGACCUCUGACCUUGGCGUGAGCCUUCAGGAUGUUCCGCCGCCAGCGCUCCAUCCCACUUCGCAGCUCUGCCGCAGCCCUGCCUAACAACCUCAGUGUCCUGCAGCUUCCAGCCAGCGAUCUCACCCAGUAUGGGGUGGUUCAUGGACCGAGCGCCCAGCUUCUCAGCGCUGCCCCUGAGUGUGUCCCUUUGGCCUGGCGCCAGCUCCACGUCAAAGAGGGCGCCGCAGGAGUGAGUCCCCCACUCAUCACUCAGGUCCACUGGUGUGUCCUCCCCUUCAGAGUACUGCUGGUUCUCACCUCACAUCGAGGGAUACAGAUGUAUGAGUCCGACGGCUCCGUCAUGGUCUAUUGGCAUGCCUUGGACUCAGGAGACGCUUCUUCAGUACAGGCCGUGUUUGCCCGAGGAGUCGCUACCACUCUUCACUUCAUCUGCGUGGGAACGUGGUCCGGUCGGGUACUGGUGUUUGAUAUCCCUGCAAAGGGUCCCAACAUUGUACUCAGUGAGGAGCUGGCUGGACACCUGACACCAAUCACAGAUAUUGCCACUGAGCAUGCCCAGGCACAGGAUGGUAUUGCUGACAUGGUGACAGCUGAUGACUCAGGUGUCCUGUGUAUCUGGAGGUCAGGAUCUGAGUUCACAUUGCUGAACCGGAUAUCCGGAUUCGGCGUCCCAUGCCCCUCCGUGCAGCUGUGGCAGGGGAUCGUGGCGGCCGGAUACGGAAACGGGCAAGUGCGCCUGUAUGACUCCACUACAGGAGCACUACACGUCCAGAUCAGCGCCCAUGCCCGGACCGUCUGUGGCCUGGACCUAGCUCCAGAAGUGGGCAAGCUACUCUCUGCAGCUGAGGAUACCUUUGUGCACAUCUGGAAGCUAAACAGAAGCCCAGAGAAUGGCUCCAUUGAGGUGGAACACUGCCACAGUGAGUGUAUUUCCGACACCCAGGUGUGCGGUGCGCGAUUCUGUGAUCCGUCAGGCAGCUCCUUUGCUGUGACAGGUUAUGACAUGGCUGAGAUCCUGAGGUUUAGCAGUGUCUGAGAGAGGCACAGC